GUUUACCACCACAGCCUCACUUCACUGUAUGGCAACCGGGGAGUACUUGGCUGCUUAACAGUCGGAGGCUCUGGCAACCUGGAACCUGGCUGCACUUCCGCUUCCCGGGCCCUCACCACCUCAUUUUUUGGCUGUCGUCGAGGCGAAACAACCUGACCUCGGAUUUUCCAACUGAACCUGCACUUCCCCCGCUUCUUGUUCCAUCUUGUGGCUGACCUGACCUUCGCGGAAUGGCACGACUCACAUCUACAAGGUCAAUGCAGUAACGACAACAAAACAACAACACAGCGCCGACGCUGAAUUUCGCCCAUCUAAACCAGACUUAUCUCUUUAUCUUUUCUUCAUCUCUUUCCUGCCCUUCUACUUCCUCUGUCCGUCCUGUGUGCGAGUUGUGCAUGGGAUAUCUCUAGCCCAUCCCGUCAAUUCACACUUCGCAGUCUUCUUACGGAGUUGAUUGGCGGCCAUUGUAAUCCGGUCCUCUCCCGACAACUCAUUUGCUGCAAUCAGCCAGACGUUUCUGUCUGUUCAGGCUGUCGUGUCCACCAGUUUAAGGCCCCCAAGACCGCCUCCUUGACGCAUCUGUUGCCUUCGUAAAGGCUUGCUUGGGCUUUGUUGCGGCCUCGUCCAGCCUUAUAAUCGCGCCUUCAGCCAAAUCGUUGUUUUAUCCUUGUCCCGUCAGGCCUGCCGUGCUCUUUGUGGCCUCGAUUGAUCCAUACACUACACCCACUACCGGCAUUGAUACUGCUAUCAGCCUAGAGGUAGUAGUUAGCUACUUCCUUGCUUCGGCCGGACGCGCAAUCUUCGUCCUCGACCUCCAUCCCGCCGUCACCGCUUAUUGUGUGAUCCUCCCAGUGGCUUACAUUGACGACAAAAUGGACCCUCCAUCGAAGCGGAGGAGACUGGCUCCCAAGGUUUCCGAUGCCCCAGCUCAAUCCGCCGUUCCAUCGACAAGUCCUCCUCAGCCUCAGCCCCAAGCCCAGGCUCAGGUUCAGGCUCAGGGCCAGCCGUCAGCACAGUCCUUCCCUCAGGACCAGCAGCACUUCCCGCCAGCCGAACCACUCGUGUCGCCCGCACAGCAGGCUGCGCAGUCCGCACCGCUUACCGAACGUGGAGAGUUCGAGGCCUAUGCGAGACAUCUCCAAGAUGCUGCCAUGUACAUCAAGAUGGUUAAGGAGCAACUUGUUCCCCACCGGAGCGUGUCCGUACUCAUGCUGAGAUGGGAGGAGGACCUCAGUGUUGAGGCAGACAUGCUGCUCUUGGAAAAGGUGUUUCGGGAUCGGUACAACUACAGCACCGAGAAAUGGGUCAUUCCUACCGUGCCGAACCCCAGCAUCAAGCUAAGCUACCAGAUGGCGUCGUUUUUGGAAAACGCCGGUCCUGAUCACCUCUUGAUUGUCUAUUACGCCGGCCAUGGUUUUGUCGGUCAAGACAAUCACCUUUAUUGGGCCUGUAACGCUCGCGACGACGCUGCCAAGCUCAAGUGGGACGGUGUUAGAUGUCUGUUCGAAGACGCCCAGCCCGAGAUCCUGCUCCUGUUAGACACCUGUGCCAUUAAGGAUUCGCCUCCCGCUGGGAGUCACGGUACCAAACAGGUCAUCGCCGCGCACACGCCAGAACAGAGUUCAAGAGAGGCCGGACCCCGCUCUUUCACGGCUACCUUGGCUGAUGCUCUUGCCAAGCUUGCCAGUGGGCGUCCCUUCAGCGUUCAGAAGCUGCUCGAUGAGAUGAUUACACUGCGGCAACACGAGAGCGCCCAAGCCAUUGCCAAGAUGGUCAAUGGAACAGCCAAGUUAGCUCCGCCCGAGAGAGUCCCUGUAACCUUCACCUUGACUCCCGCCAAAGGGCGCGAUAUUGUGCUUGGGCCCUUGAAGAAAGAAGUUGCACAGCUGCAGUCGCCUCCCCAAUCUGCUGACGUGGAUGGGGACGCCUGGAGGUCGACUCGGGAUGACCAGCCGCUCAGCGCCACAGAAGUGGCUGACCUUACUUUCGAGGAGAGCAGCAGAGUGUUAGUGUGUACCACAUUCGUGGGAGAUGCGAGCGCAGAUAUGGGCUUCUUCCACCAGUGGCUCCAAAAUCCUCCGUCCGUUGCCUCCAAAAUCACGGUGGAGGGCAUGUUCCUCGGGCCUCCUACUAUGCUCUUGAUAUCGAUGCCGCUCUCGAUAUGGAACAUCGUCCAGCACGACAAGGUCUGCUGCUUCUUGGGAUAUAUCAGUUCGCACAACAUGAUUCAUCUGUACCAGCGACUCGUCAAGUCUGCUGCGAACGGCCAACCAAUGACCAAGGACUUCGAAGAUGGCCGCAUUUUGCUAGAAGCACGAGAGGCUGCUGCAGUUAGCCCGUCUCUGAACCGGCGAGACCACACGAGCCAAUACUCUUCCCUUACACAGGAGAACCAACCACGGCAGGAUCACCGGGUCCCGCUUCCCACACCCAACGGGGCUGUUCCCGUCACUCCUGGCCCUCCAGUCCAGACCCCCGGUCCCAAGGCCAAGGACGACGCAGAAGAUUCCGACGAGAUGAAAGAAGCGGCAGAACAGUUGAAGAUGCUGAGCGAUCUCCACGCACAAAGCAACAGGGUGGGAGAUAGUAUUGCAGUUAGGCAUCCUGAAGAACCCGAUGCCUCCGAAGUGAAUGACGCCGUUAUGGAUGAGAUUCACUACGGCGGUGUCCCCUAUAGCACCCCUCGUGCCAAGAUUGGAGGGGUCAACGGCAAGGUUUCCAGUGAAAGCCCAAGGAUUAUAACAGGGAGGAGGCCGCUUCAGAAACAAGUGUCGAAGCAAGAGACGCGGUGUAGCCACUGUAGCCAUGCGCCAUUCAAGGACUCGUCUUCGCUCCGCAAGCAUAUCGCAGCUGCUCACACGCGGCCGUUCCCGUGUGCUUUCUCCUUCGCCGGGUGUGCAAGCACGUUCGGGUCCAAGAAUGAGUGGAAGCGUCACAUAGCCUCUCAGCACCUGUGCCUGCAAUAUUAUCGGUGCUCGGCGUGUCCUCAAAGCAGCGCCGAUGGCAAAGGUAAUGAGUUCAACCGCAAAGAUUUAUUUACGCAGCACCUGCGACGAAUGCAUGCGCCGCCGAUCCUCAAGAAGCCCGGUAGCAAGCCGGAGGCAGGACUUCUCGCUGAGUGGGAGGCGCAUGUGAAGGAGAUGCAAGCAUCAUGUCUAGUAACGCGCAGGCAACCCCCUCAACGGUCGUCUUGUCCCAAACCCGACUGUAAGAGCGUUUUUGAGGGCGCCGGGUCAUGGGAUGAGUGGACAGAACAUGUCGGUCGACAUAUGGAAAAGGGAGAGGCUGAUCGCAUGGGUGUGGAUCCCCUGCUAGCACAAUGGGCGCUUGAUGAAGGGAUCAUUGAACGGAUCGAGGACGACACGUAUAGGCUCUGCCCGCAAAAUGGAUCAGCUAUGCCCGCCGAUAGAAACGCGAAUCAAACCUCCACUGCUGCCGAAAGUACGAAGAAAGAGGAUGAGGAUCCAUCAAUCACCGUGGCGUUAUCGGCGCCGGAUUCGGACGGUAUGGAUGUCGACUAAUUGUGGGAGGAUUUGAACUAAAGUCAUUUCGUACUAUGUUGUUUCCUUAUUGUUAUUUCCGGGAUCAUGGCAUUCAUUGGGUCACAGGAAAAAGAAGCAUGGCGGCGCAUAUGGGUACGGUAUAAGCAUAAUCAGAGAGUUGCUGGAGUUAUCAUUGUCUAGGCUGCAGCGCAGUUCGACUUGCAACAUGAGGUCAACAGAAGUUGACUGGUAUUGUUCUUCGCCCGCGGCCGUAUGGUUUGUGUAUCCCUGGAAGGGUGAUAAGCCCAAGAGAAUAGAUGACAUGGCUUCUGUAAAAGGCAGCUUGUAAAAGAUUUAAUCGCUUUACGCCAGGUAUCGGUUGACUUGAUAAACUCACCAACAAGAGAAUGUACUGACUAAUGUGCGG